GGGGACAAGAUACUACACAUGGACCACACUCUUGAAACCAAGACACUGUCACCGUCGCUCCAACAUAUACAUGUCGUUCACCACAAGCCAUCUCACCACCGGUGGACUUUUGGUCAUGGCUUUCCUCCACCAUCAAAUCCGUGGUUCACAACGACCGAGUUGGAAUGCGCAUGGUCUCAACGAAAUAUAUGAGGUAUGUGGUCAUUUGGGUUCUGAGUCAAGUACCCACCUCUGUCCUGAACAUUUGACGAGGUCUGUCUUGUUUCUGGUUUGGAAAAUGAUCCCGAGAUGGGGGGUUUGCUCGUCGUCUGGAGUGAGAGUAGGUCUUAGGAAGUUGGAGAACAGUGUCAAGUCAACUAACUGUCAUCACGCACAUGUACACAUGUUGAAUAGGGAUCAGGGAUUAGGGGUUGAGGGGGGAGAUAAGGGAAAGACAGAGAGUAUCUCUCUUGGUUUAUUCACAAAGGUUUGUGGGUAACUAGUCUCAUUAUACCUAUUGUACGAUCGGGACAUGGAAAUUUCACACCUUUGAUAGUAGUUAGUUACCUUUUACAUGGAUGUAUCGUACAUACGUA